AUGAAUCAUCUUAGUCUUUUUGAAAGUGGUAAUAAAAUGCAGAAUAGCACUCAAUUAGAGGUUCUUCAAGAAUAAGAAGAAAUUACAGAAGAGGAUAGUAAAUUAGAAGUUAAAGAUUAUAUUGAUAUUUUUAAAAACAAGUCAUUACAAGUAACUUUUAUCUUUUUCUUUUGGCUUUCUGCUCUUGAAAAUGGAUUAAGACCCUUUUUGGUAAUUUAUAUAAUAAUAAUAAAUAGGCUAAUGAAUUAGGAGUUUUUUAUGGUCUUACAGAGUAUAAUAUCUCUUAUCUCUUUAUGAUUCCUAUUUUCACCUACUUAUUAUCUGCAAUCUUGGUUGCUCGUUAAACUUAUUUCCAAGAAUAAACACUUUUUAAAGUAGGUAUGUGGAUCUUGGGAAUAAGUUUCUUUUUCUAUUGUCCUACAGUAUUUAAGUUACCACAUUCUAUAGGUUUUAUUCUAUUUGGAGAAUUUAUUAGAGGAAUAAGUUUAGGUAUUGGUUGCUCACUCUUUAUACCAAAUAUAAGUGAUUCCUGUAUAGAUAAGGUUGGAAUAUGCAAAGCAAAUUUGAUAGGAGCAAAUCUAUAUUAAUUUGGUUGGUCUUUAGGUGAUAUAUUUGGUCCAAUUAUUUGUGGAGCUUUCGUUGAGAAGAUUGGAUAUGAAAUGACAACUUUAUGCUCUGGAUUUGUAAUCAUUGUCUUUAUUAUAAUCUAUUUAAUUUUCAGAAAAAAUAAAAGUCGUACUGUCUAAGUCAUUUCCACUCAAGAUAUAAGUAAAAAAGUGCCAUAAAAUAAUAAUGCUUGA